CACUCCCUAGUACACUGUCUCUACGCACUGUUCCAUCUAACUAAACUAAGAAAAGUCUCUGAUUCAAUCGAAUGUCCUCUCUCUCUCUCUCUCUCUCUCUCUCUCUCUGAUGCCAUUGUUUUCUCUCUCUGGAUUUUCAGUCUCCGCCCAGAAUAUAGCAGAGAUCUCUCAAAAUCACAACAUUCUUAGUCGAGGUACUUGUCUAUGUCUACUUAACCAACUUUGAACAAAAACACCAACUUUUUUCUUUUCUUUUUUUUUUUCCGUUUAAAUUCCCAAAGUUGUUCAAAUUUUAGAUCUAUCACCACCACCUUUUCUGCCUCAUCAAUUGCAUACUCCACCAAAAUACUACACAUACAUAACAUUCACCCUCUCUCUCUCUCUCUCUGUCUCUCUCUCUCUCUCGGGUUUCGGAAAAAUAGAUUUUGAUCGAAACCCAUGAACCCUUAUAGUACCCUUUUAUGUAUUCUCCAUUGCCCAUUUUCUAUCUCUCUCUCUCAUUUCAUUUGGGUCUCUCCUAACUUGAGUGUCCUGUUAUGUUCUGUUUUGGUUACAGAGAGAAUAAUAAGAUGCUAUUUUUCUCUGUGAUCAAAGUUCUGAAAAGUUAGAAUCCGAGGCCAUUUCUUUGGAGGGUACUAACACUAAUGAUAUCCGUUUUGUUUUCAUUUUGAGAGCAUAUGGCUUUUCUCUUAUUAAGGUCACUUUUCAGAAUGCAAUCUUAUUCUUAUUACGGUUCCCGUUUUGGAACGGUCACUCUUUGUAAAAGUUUGAUUUGAUGAUACACAAGUAACAAGGGGUUUUCUUUUCCUUCUUUCCCCCUCUUUUUGUUUUCUUUUCCUUUUUUUUUUAAGAAUUUUAAAAUAUCUCUCUCUUUUGUAAUAAAAUUGCUAAAAGCUUUGGUAUAUUAUAAAGGGAGAGCGUUGGCUUUAGCAUGCAACUUGGCUCCGGUAAAAAACAAAUAAAAAUAAAGAAGGGAGCGUCUCUGAUAGAGAGAGCAAGCGCCACGACACUAAUAAUAUAGAAUAAACAAAAGAAUAUUCAAGACACCAAAAAGAUCAUGCAAGAUAAUAUGAAGAAGCAGAAGCAGAAGCAGGUAGUGGUGGUGGCCAAUAAUGAAGAAUCUAAUAAGAAGAAGGAGCAUCGCAUUGUUAUGUGGACUCAAGAGGAGGAUGAUAUUCUGAGGGAGCAGGUUGGAAUCCAUGGAACUGAAAAUUGGGGUAUUAUUGCUUCUAAAUUCAAGGAUAAAACUACAAGACAGUGCAGAAGGAGAUGGUUCACUUACUUGAAUUCUGAUUUCAAGAAAGGGGGUUGGUCACCGGAGGAAGAUAUGCUCUUGUGCGAGGCUCAGAAACUAUUUGGUAACCGGUGGACAGAAAUAUCAAAGGUGGUUCCAGGCAGAACGGAUAAUGCUGUUAAGAACCGGUUCUCCACAUUGCGCAAAAAGAGAGCGAAAUAUGAAGCAUUAGCAAAAGAGAACCACACUUCUUACACCAAUUCAAAUAAUAAGAGGGUUAUUCUACAACAUGGACAUGUUACAGAUUCAGCAUCAGAAUCUGGUGUGUCUACUAAGAAGAUGAGGAGGCCGCAUAUUCCAGUGGUAGAAGAAAGGAUAAACUAUGGAGACAGAUUACAUAAACAAAAUGGAACUCAGAUAAGUCAGCAGCCAAGAGCGCCAUUCGCCGUGCUACCUCCGAACUCUUAUAAUGUCAACAACUUAUCAGAUCAGCAUGAUAUCUGCAGUUUGAAGUUUAAUGGUUAUGGCCAAAACAAGUUGCAAGGGACAUUCCUCAAAAAGGAUGAUCCAAGGAUAAACGCAUUGAUGCAACAAGCAGAGUUGCUAAGUUCAUUAGCUCUAAAAGUUGAUGCAGAGAACAUGGACCAAAGUCUAGAAAAUGCAUGGAAGGUUCUUCAAGAGUUUCUGAAACGAACCAAAGAGUCUGAUGGUCCGAGAUGUAAGGUUCCGGAUCUACAGCUUGUAGAUCUAGGAGAUUGGUUGGAGGACUUGAAGAGUAACAGUGAGGGAAUUCAACCAUGUUGGAGGAAAUUUAAAUCCAUUCAAAACACAAAGUUCUAUGAGGACUAUAGUUUCGGAUUGUAUUCUAGGCAAAUGGAAUUAUAUGAAGACUCUCCUGGCAGUUCUGAGUACAGCACAGGAUCAACUCUCCUCCCUCAUUUGGGUGCCGACAACUCGGAACACUCGCUGCAUCAGGAAAUUGAAACUGAACUCAAGUCAAUACACAUUGGAGAUCAAAAGGAAUGUGAGCAAGGUGUUCUUUCUACUGCAACUUUGGAUCAAGAUGUUUUCACAUUAAAUAAGGAUCGGAUGAACAAAGAUGGCAUUGUUUCUGCCUCAUCAAUGACAGAGUUCAGUUCCCCUCUUCAAGUUACACCUCUGUUCAGAUCCUUGGCUGCAGGAAUUCCUAGCCCUCAAUUUUCCGAAAGCGAGAGGAACUUUCUCAUGAAAACACUUGGAAUGGAAUCUCCAUCCUCGCAACCACCACUCUGCAAAAGAGCCCUGCUACAAAGCCUAUAAUCUCAUUUGCUAAUCCUUCUAAACUACAAAUAUCUACAUGUCCUUCUCUCUUCUUCACCCUUGGCAAAUCCGGCUUUGCCUAGUUCUCCUUUUACCUCAUUCGAGGAAAAAAUUUGCAGUUUUGGUAAGCCUGAAAAGUUUUGAAAGCCAUUUACCCUCCAUCGUCCUCCCAAAAUGUUACGGCACAUUCUGAGAGGAUCUUUAAAACAUGUCUAACACUAUCCAUGCACAAAAAAAGUGUGCAUGGUGUGUCAUUCUUUUUGGUUUGUUCUGGGUUUGUUUUUUCUCCAAUCCAGCUUUUUCUCUUUGGUUUGCUUUUCUUUCUUUUUUGUACAGAGAAUGCUGUGUGAUUACUUCGUCGUCCGGAGUGUGUGUAUACAUCGGCAAAUCGCCAUCCGUACUACAUAUAAUGAACAGAGAGACAUAGAUAGAAGAGAGGAAAAAAAUGAAAAAGAAAAAAAAAGAAGAGUAAAAGGAUUAACCAGUAGGAAAUUGGAUUCCUAUUUGUUAUUUUGGGUGUGCAUAGGUCAUAGAAUAAGAUUAUUCUUUUUUUCUUUAUUUGGUUCUGAUGUACUGAAUCAUAAUAUAGAUUGGAGUGGAAAUGCAUUUGGCUUUGG